AUGCUUAUAGAUGCUUAUAUCUGUAUAAUUAUCCUUAACUCAGUCAUCAUCCCAACUCUACACUGGAUAUUACCUGAUAGAUGCCCAGAAUAUAGUUCUCAAGAGCUCUGCUCAUUUGUUGGUACAUUGAAAUUUUAUUCCGUCUUGCGGCAUGGACUCGUACAACUCUUUUAUGUAACUUGGUUCUACCCACUGUACAUAUUCAGCAUUAUCCUAAGCAACCUCUGGUAUGAACUGAGCACAGGUAAGAAUCGAUGGCUUCUGCAGGUAUAUGUGACUGGAUAUAUACCAUAUGUGGGGAAGGCAGUAAAUUUUCUGCUUCUGUCCUGGAUGUAUGCCUAUUACUGUUUCGAGUACAAAUGGAAUUUUUCUGAAGUUCGUCUUGAAAAAAGGCUGGAUUUCUUUGAAUCUAAUUGGGCAUUUUUUGCUGGUUUUGAUGCAGAUGAGGAAGACGCAGAGAUGAGGGGUGAGGAAGACGACGAUGAGCGAGGGCAAGACGACGAUGAGGGAAGACGACGAUGA